AUGAAAUAUUUGUUUUGGAAAAUUUUAUUUUUGGUUUUUGAAGAUUUUAGUUAUGAUUUACAGAAAUUUCGGAUUUAUUUUAUUGAUAUUGGACAAACAGAAUUUAUUUCAGGAAACAAGUUUCGUCAAUUACCAGACGAAUUUUUAGAUGAACCAGCUCUUGCUAUUCCAUGUCGUUUAUAUAAUGUAUGUCCAAUUAAUGGCAAUGAACAACCAAUAUGGAAAUCAGAUGAUAAAGUAUAUGAUGAGUUGCAAAGACUUAUGGUUAAUUAUAUUAGUUGUACAGUACGUCCAAAACAAGAUCAAGUAUAUUAUGAUGUUGAAAUCAUGAUUCCUGGUAAAACAACUACCGGUUCAGCAUCAACUGUUCCCAUUGUACCACCUAAUGAUGGAUAUUAUUGGAUAUCGCAAAUCUAUAGUGCUACGGAAUUUCAUGCUUUUUCUUAUUCUCAUCGACAUAGAUUUGAUGGUGUAUGCAAAGAUCUCAAAGCUUAUUAUGAUAGUUUUGUUAAUGAUCAAUCAUUAAAUGUAACUGUUAUUUUGAUUGGUAAUCUAUGUGCUAUCCAGCAAGGUAAUAAAUAUUAUCGUGUUAUAAUAAAACGUCGUAAAAGUCAAUCAAAAGUAUUAGUUAAACUUAUUGAUCGUGGUGAUGAAAUUAUUGUUGAUACAACAGAAUUAUUACAAAUUGAUAAUAAAUUUUCUACAAUACCAGCAUUUGUCCAACCAUUUCGUUUACAUCCUUGUGAGGAAUCACAAAAUUCAGCUAAUGUAACUCGUCAAUUGAAAAGUUAUUAUUUAAUCAAUGGAAUUUCACAUGAUUCUAUAUUUACAAUUCCUUUAACAUUAAUAACUUUCUUGAAUGAUCCCACCUAUUGUUUGUCUGAUCUAAUACUCGACCGAUUUUGUUUACAAAUUUUACCAGAAAUUCGUAAUAAAAUCAAAUGGCUUGAUCUUGAAUCGACAUCUAUGGAACGUAUUCUUCGUGUUACAAAUUAUCCUAAUUUAUAUGGACUUGGUUUAUAUGAGAUUGAUAUGGAAAAUGCAAUAUCUCUCUUUAUUGGUAAGUUAUUAUUUUAA